AUGUCUUCCACUGCCGCUACCGGUGCCACUGGCGCCGCGAAUGGUGGACUGUCUGCUAACGACAACAUCACCCGCUUCGCUGCUCCUAGCCGACCUCUAAGCCCUCUCCCCUCACACGCCCUAUUCAACAACAAGACAAGAUGCUUUGUCUACGGCCUCCAGAACCGAGCAGUGCAGGGCAUGCUUGAUUUCGACUUCAUUUGCAAGCGACCUACACCCUCGGUUGCUGGCAUCAUCUAUACCUUCGGUGGUCAGUUCGUCAGUAAGAUGUACUGGGGAACUAGCGAGACCCUACUCCCAGUUUACCAGGAGACGGCCAAGGCCGUGGCCAAGCACCCCGAUGUCGACGUUGUAGUCAACUUCGCCUCCUCGCGAAGUGUCUACUCCUCCACGAUGGAGCUGAUGCAAUUCCCUCAAAUUAAGACCAUCGCUAUCAUUGCCGAGGGUGUGCCAGAACGACGUGCACGAGAAAUCGCCCAUGUUGCGCGCCAGAAGGGUGUCACCAUUAUUGGCCCCGCCACCGUUGGUGGUAUCAAGCCUGGCAGCUUCAAGAUCGGCAACACCGGUGGUAUGAUGGACAACAUUGUCGCCUCCAAGCUUUACCGCAAGGGUUCCGUUGGCUACGUUUCCAAGUCGGGUGGUAUGUCCAACGAGCUGAACAACAUCGUCUCGCAGAACACCGACGGUGUCUACGAGGGUAUUGCCAUUGGUGGUGACAGAUAUCCGGGCACCACCUUCAUUGACCACAUGCUACGAUAUCAGCAAGACCCCGACUGCAAGAUACUGCUACUACUAGGUGAAGUAGGUGGUGUCGAGGAGUACAAGGUCAUUGAUGCCGUGAAGCAGGGUAUCAUUACCAAGCCUGUCAUUGCAUGGGCUAUUGGUACUUGCGCAAGCAUGUUCAAGACGGAGGUUCAGUUUGGUCACGCUGGAUCUUUUGCCAACUCGCAACUUGAGACAGCUGCGAUGAAGAACAAGAUGAUGAAGGAGGCCGGUUUCCACGUUCCCGACACCUUUGAGGACCUACCCCAGGUCGUCAAGACUGUCUACGAGAAGCUCGUCAGCGAGAAGGUCAUUGUUCCCCAGCCUGAGCCUGUCGUCCCCAAGAUUCCCAUCGACUACUCGUGGGCGCAGGAGCUUGGCCUCAUCCGAAAACCUGCUGCCUUUAUCUCUACCAUCUCCGACGACCGUGGCCAGGAGCUUCUCUACGCCGGCAUGCCCAUCUCCGAUGUGUUCAGGGAAGACAUUGGCAUUGGUGGUGUCAUGUCUCUUCUUUGGUUCCGCCGUCGUCUACCCGACUACGCCUCUAAGUUCUUGGAGAUGGUUCUUAUGCUCACUGCCGAUCACGGCCCGGCUGUCUCGGGUGCCAUGAACACCAUCAUCACUACUCGUGCAGGCAAGGAUCUCAUCAGCUCCCUGGUCUCUGGUCUUCUUACUAUUGGUUCUCGAUUCGGUGGUGCCUUGGACGGUGCGGCUGAGGAGUUCAGCAAGGCUGCUGACAACGGCCUCAGCCCUCGUGAGUUCGUAGACACUAUGCGCAAGCAGAACAAGCUCAUCCCGGGUAUUGGUCACCGCAUCAAGUCGCGUAACAACCCUGAUCUCCGUGUAGAACUUGUCAAGGAAUACGUGUUGGCCAGAUUCCCCAGCCACAAGCUUCUAGAUUACGCGUUGGCCGUUGAGACGGUGACGACGUCGAAGAAGGACAACCUCAUCCUCAACGUUGACGGCUGUGUCGCUGUCUGCUUUGUGGAUCUGAUGAGGAGCUGUGGUGCGUUCAGCCCCGAGGAGGCUGAGGAUUACAUGAAGAUGGGAGUCCUAAACGGUCUCUUCGUCCUGGGCCGAAGCAUCGGUCUGAUCGCACAUUACCUAGACCAGAAGAGACUGCGCACAAGUCUAUACAGACAUCCUUGGGAUGACAUUACGUACCUGCUCCCUACCCUGGCCCAAACGGGACCUGUGGGUGAGAGCAGAGUGGAGGUUGCCAUGAAAUAG